AUGGCAACCAUUCGUCGCCGAACCGAAUUCGAACGGCAACGUCCCCGUCCCCGUCUCCGUUCCAAUCUCUCUCCUGUUCAGAAAGUACGUUUGAGCAUAGUUUAGGAAAUUCAUAAUUUUUUUCAGGCUUUCUGCGAGCAGGUCCUCGGGAUGAGCCGCCGUUUCCUGGAGAGCCAGGUGAGCGACUAUAGUUGUUUGUCGGCGUAUUCAGACGAUUUCAGGAUGCCCGCUACGUCCAUCCGACUCGUCUCCUGCAAGAAAGGCAUCAGAUCGCGUGCCUGGAGGACAUCCUCGAGCUGGCCGACCGACCGGCAAACGACAUCGACGCGGCGGUCAUCCGAAUGGCAUUUCUGACAAUCCAACAUCUGCGUGGUCUGGUUCAACUUCCUCCACUCAUUCCGCCAAUUAACUAA